AUGUCUCAGAAAUGGCUAGGUGAUAUUGACCACGUCAUUAAGGAUGUGGGAAGGAUGUUGGAGCUUGAUGAACUCUCCGAUAACGUGGAAGAUCAGCUUAUCAACAUAGCCGAUUCAGAAACAAGCAGCGACGAAACCUGGACUUCAUGCUGUAACGCUUAUGAUUUAAGUUCAAGAGAUACCAGUUCGCACCUCGACUGGGUCACUGACUAUAAUGAAUGUUCAUACCGUGUUGUAGCUCAGGCUGAGGCUAAUGACAGUUCAUGUAUUGCGAGCCCUCCUGAUCGCCGGGUAACGAAAGACGACAGCUCACUCCCGCGCACUUCUCCCGGACGCAACGGCCAACUUUCCAAACAGGGCUCCCUGACCAUCGUGCGUCGGAGCAGUACCAAGAAGAGCCAGAACCACACCGACACAGUGGCUGGCUAUUCUUCCUCGUUUGCUGACGAUGAAACAUUGGAUGCAGUUGAUCUAGACACGGACAACCUACCUGCCGUAGACACGCCAGACGCCUGCGACAAAGCAGCUGUCAGAUUGCGAUGCUUGCUAAGACAAUUACAGAGGGGGGAGAUAUCAGCUGAAUUACUUCAGAAAAAUCUUCAUUACGCCGCCAGAGUUUUAGAAGCCGUCUUUAUCGACGAAACCAAACGCCUAGCAGACGACGAUGACGAGUUGUCCGAGGUACAACCUGACGCUGUUCCACCCGAGGUUCGAGAAUGGCUUGCCUCCACCUUUACCCGACAACUGGCCACUACUCGGCGGAAGUCGGACGAGAAACCCAAGUUCCGGUCUGUUGCACAUGCGAUCAGAGCAGGCAUCUUCGUGGAUCGAAUCUACCGGAGGGUGUCCAACACGGCUCUCAUGCAGUUUCCGUCAGACGUCGUCAGAGUCCUCAAAACAUUGGAUGAAUGGUCUUUUGAUGUGUUUGCUUUGAACGAUGCAGCUUCUAGUCAACCAGUCAAGUACCUUGGGUAUGACCUCCUCAACAGAUAUGGAAUGAUUCAUAAGUUCAAGGUUCCCCCAGUGACGCUAGAGACAUUCCUUUCAAGGGUGGAGGAAGGUUAUUGCCGGCACAAAAAUCCAUACCACAACAACUUGCAUGCAGCAGAUGUCGCCCAAACCGUCCAUUACAUGCUGUGCCAGACUGGCCUCAUGAACUGGCUGACAGACCUGGAGAUCUUUGCCACCUUAGUAGCAGCCAUUAUCCAUGAUUAUGAGCAUACUGGCACAACUAAUAACUUCCAUGUCAUGUCAGGCACGGAAACAGCCCUCCUGUACAAUGACCGAGCUGUCCUGGAGAACCAUCACAUCAGUGCCUCAUUCAGGGUAAUGAAGGAUGAUGAAUGCAACAUUCUUCAGAACCUGUCCAGAGAAGAAUUCCGUGAGUUUCGAACUCUUGUGAUUGACAUGGUUCUUGCCACAGACAUGAGCUUCCAUUUCCAGCAGCUUAAGAACAUGAAGAAUCUGCUCACACUUGCAGAGCCCAGUGUUGACAAAUCAAAGGCACUGUCAUUGGUGCUCCAUUGCUGUGAUAUCUCACAUCCAGCCAAACGGUGGGAUUUACAUCACCGUUGGACUAUGCUACUGCUGGAGGAGUUCUUCAGGCAAGGAGACAAAGAGCGAGAGUUGGGACUACCUUUCAGUCCUCUGUGUGAUCGUAAGAACACACUUGUAGCAGAGUCACAAAUAGGUUUUAUUGAAUUCAUUGUGGAACCUAGUAUGGCUGUGUGCAGUGAUAUGUUGGAAGCUAUUCUUGGACCAAUUCAUUCAUGUAAACCAAAUGAUGGUGCACAGCAGUCUAUAUCUGAAGAUUCAGAACUCAGCAGAACAAAGAAUGGAGCUGCAUCAAGCCCCCAGCGUAGUCUGAAAUUCAAAAUCAAAAAGCCAUGGACUACUUGUUUGGGUGAAAACAAGAAAAGCUGGAAGGAGCAAGCAGCACGGGAUGCUGAACUAAGAUCGCUGCAACAACAGCAACAACAACAGAGUGAAGAAGCUUUAUCUACAGAAGAAUAGCAAUCAUCACUACAGCUAGUUGAUUCACCACCAUUGCACAGUUGCAUCAGAACUUUUGUUGGGUGGCU